AUGACAAUUGAUGGACUAAGGUUGGGUGCAUCGACUGGGGAUAGGGUAGAAGUGACUGUAGGUGCAAUAUUGUCUGUAUGGGCAUGUAUAUUCUCAGCACCUGCAGAUGAAGAAGGUAUAGGUGCAGGAGCUACGGUCGCGGUGACCCGCGAUGAGGGGAUCUUGUCUACGGUGAAAGUCGGUAAUGGCGAGAUGAGGUUGAGGCGUGAAGAUGGUGGUGUGCACGGUGGUUUCGGUGAAGGUGAGACUAGAGUGAAGGAGCAGUGGGUUGCGGUGAGGACUAGGGUUGGUGCGGUGGAGCCAGGGUGGAGCAGGGGGUUCGUGGGUUUUGAUCCCGAGGGUGGUGCGGUGGUGACCAUAGAGGAGAGUGAGAUGUAG